GUAUGGUGACAUGGUGCCAAAGACAAUAGCUGGCAAGAUUUUUGGUUCAAUAUGCUCCCUGAGUGGGGUCUUGGUCAUUGCUCUGCCAGUUCCUGUAAUUGUCUCCAACUUCAGCCGUAUAUACCACCAGAAUCAACGAGCAGACAAGCGCAGAGCACAAAAGAAAGCCAGGCUUGCUCGAAUUCGUGCGGCAAAGAGUGGGAGCGCUAAUGCCUACAUGCAGAGCAAACGAAAUGGCUUGCUGAGUAACCAGCUGCAGCAGUCCUCCAGUGAAGAAGAACAGGCCUUUGCUGGCAAAGCUGGCUCUUCCUUUGAAACACAGCACCACCACCUGCUUCACUGCCUGGAAAAAACUACGAACCACGAGUUUGUGGAUGAGCAAGUCUAUGAAGAGAGCUGUAUGGAGGUUUCUACAGUCAAUAGACCCCCAAGCCACAGCCCCUCUAUUUCGUCUCAACAAGGUGUCACCAGCACUUGCUGCUCACGAAGACAUAAAAAGACUUACCGCAUCCCCAACACCGCCAUCGCUGGCAGCCGCCCAGGCAGUGUACAAGAGCUCAGCACCAUCCAGAUCAGAUGUGUGGAGAGGACACCUCUGUCUAACAGCCGUUCCAGCUUAAAUGCCAAAGUGGAAGAGUGUGUUAAACUAAACUGUGAGCAGCCUUACGUCACUACAGCAAUAAUCAGCAUCCCGACACCUCCAGUCACCACACCCGAAGGAGAUGAUAGGCCAGACUCUCCUGAAUAUUCAGGAGGAAACAUUGUCAGAGUAUCUGCUUUAUAAAAUAAGGAAUUAUUUAUAAAUUAGCAUAAAGACCACUUGCAAGGUGAGCUCAAACAGUGAAAAACGAGUCGUGAGGAAUGAGAGAGCUGACAAAGAAAACACCCCUUGAUGAGUGUGCCAGCGGACACAGAGCAAGAGGUUCAGGAGAAACAGAACACUCUGUGGGUUUUGGUGUCCUAGGGUGUGAACCAAAAGGAGUUUCUUACCCAUUGUCCGAACUGACGCGCGGUGGAAUCUUCUGUGACCAUCCUGACUUAUUAUAUGAGCACAAUGAAAUGUCCCCAUUGAUGCUUCUUCUUAUCAUGAAAGCUCUUUUUAGAAAAAAACCACAAACGAAAAAAUAGAAACCUGUGUUCCUGCUGAAUGCAAAACAACAAGAAACAUUUUGAUAACGUGUCUUUUUUUUUCCCUGUUAAUAAACCACAAACUUGUUGAGGAACUGUCAAAAAAUGAACGAAAAAAUGCUUAUAUGAAAUAUGUUUGUACUGACUGAAAGAACUACAACCAUAAUGCAUGCUGAAAUUAUUUGGAACUGUGAUCUCAGUUUACUUUUGUUGUUUUUCAGAUUAGGCAUGAUAAAAUAUUACUGUAGAAAGGGGCAUUUCCGUGCACUUACAACAAGCUGAUUGUUAAUGUUCCAUGGUAGUUGUACAAAUAACUUCCCUUUGAAAAAUGCAGUAUUUCUUACUUAAACACUCAUUAGUGAACUAAAGGUGUUCAGUUAGUUCAAUAUUUACUAUUGUUUUAUCUUGCUUCCUAGGUACUGUUACAACUGCAAUAAGUCAUUGUACACCUGUUGUAUCAGGAAUCAGGAUUGUUUUUUUUAAGGUAUUUAACACCACUUCAUCUACACUAUAAAUUUCUAAUGACAAACAUUUACAUAAUCUUACAGCCAAAUUGUGCACCACAGAUGUGCUAUUCAGUCAUUGUUCUUUUUCUUCACUGUUCUUUAUUUCUAUGACAGUUUGUUGCCCACUCCAACAUCACUGUACCACUUGGGAUUUCAAGGCUGCUGAUGAAAUCAACACAGUCCUUUUUUCCACAGACAUCUUGUCUACUUCUAUAUUUUCAGAACAAACCUCUCGUCCCAGUGUACUGCUACAAGAUCAAUCCUAUUUGAAUUAAAAUUACCACAAAGGUGUUUUUGGGAUCAGUUAACACUUAUCUCCAAACCUUCCUUCCUCAUAUUCUGCAGCAUCCAGAGUAUUAGCUACACUGGAAGACACUGAAAGACAUUCAGUAAAAAUGAUGGCUAAAUUCUUUUUGUAAUUAUCUGUAAACUUAAAACUUGUUUGAGAAUUUAUAUUGUGUGAAAAACAUUUAAUUACCUAAGAACAAUGACAGAAUAAUGGAUUGAGUCCCAAAGCUAUAAAAGUAUAAUUGAUUUCAAUUGGAAUUUGCCUACACGGACAGGCCUAAAAGCUAAUAUGAAGGCUUUACGAGUUAAGGCUUUUUGGCUUCAUUUUUAAAAGACAAUGAUAUCAGAAACCUUUCUGAUAAAAAAGUGUAAUUUUUCUUCAUGAGUGUGUGUUAGAUGUAUCAUAAUGCUUCUUAUAUUCAUGAAUACCAUACAUCAUAUACAUCAAAUAUACAUGGAAUAUGUGCAUAUCAAUACAUACAUAUAUACAUCAAAAACACUGGAUCAGAAAUAAUUGCAUGUCUGCAAAGUAAAAUAUGCAUAUAAAUCAAAAGGCUCAGUGCAUUAGAUGCCAUUACAAUAAAUGAUUAACACAGUUAUUUAAUAGUUUGAGUAGUGUAUGUUUCAGUAUAGUAUUUGCUAGCAUUCUACUGACCUGAAAAUUUACAUUAAGAGAAAAUACCCACUAAAAACUGAAACUUGCUGAUGAUACACUUUUUAUUGCACACAAAUAGUGGUCUUUCAGACAUUGAAGAGUAGAUGAUGGACUAUCAUGCUACAGUAUACACACCAAAAUACAACAACGUCACAGAAUUAAACUGCAAGUAAAAAGAGUAGAUAAUGCCAUUCAUUACUCUUUUAUCAUUUACUUAUUUUGAAGCUUGGUUAAUUUGCAGUUAACUUCUCACUAUUUUUGCAAAUCAGAUUAACUUACUUAUUGUAAACUGAGCUUCUAAAUUUCUUUCAAACAUUAGCAGAGAGCAAAAGCACAGGCUUUCCUCUGAGCCAGAGGAGGAGCACUCCUUCUGAGGAACCCUGCCCGAGUUCAUUUUCUGGUGUUGCUCUCCUCUCUUCCACCCUGUUAGAAAACUGCAGUGUAUCUGCUGAAGCUGGUAGGUUACAUGAACUUCAAUGGGGUUUAAAGGAGAGGCAGAAAACACACAGUUUUUACUUGCAUCCUACUUCUACCCAUGUUUACUCAUACUUGGUCCCCACGUUUUGCCAAACAGUUACUGAUAGAAAAACUGCCUUGAUGUUAGCAAUCUGCAACAACUUCUUUAUGCCACAUGGUACUUCAUGAGUAGCUACAUCAGCUAAAUAGUGCAAAAAGGCAGUUACUAAACCUGCUUUGGUACAGUCUAGAUACAACCCAGGAAACCUACUGACUCCAUCAGGUCAUGUGUCUUUUAAAAGCUCUUUAUUCUCCUUUUCAUAGGCACUAGAAAGAACGCACUACAGCAAUACACUUGCAUAACAGUUAUACCCCUGAAGCAACUUGUACUUUCAUUUUUAAAAUGCAGCUUAAGAGAUAAUUUAGUAAGAUUUUGCAGAAUUCCAGUCCUGUCUCCUAUUUCGAUAUGUCACAUGCAAAGCCAUUAAUUUAUUCUGAAUUUGGGAAAUACACUUUUUUUUUGGUGUUUUAAGCGAUUUAAAUACUGUUUUGGUAGUGAAUGACUGUUGAUGACUGUGUAAAAUGCAUCUGUACUGUACAUGAAAUGUAAUUAUUUCUGUGUAUCAUACAAAGAAACUGAGGUUGUUGUUUUGACAAUUUUGUUUGACAGUCAUAUAUCGUAUUUCAGAAGGCAGCAUAAUACCUGUGUUAUGCUGAAUAAAUAGACAUUUGAGGAAUACUUAAAUAAAACAUCUGCAUGCUUGAAUGGGUCAA